AUGAACAGCCUUUCUUCAGUUUCUCUUCCCAAUAUUUUCACCUUUCUCUUCACUGCCAAGUUUCUUUUCGUGGUCGGAAAUAUCAUCGUCAUCAUCCUCAUCAAAGAAUCUAAACAGGCUGCAGGCUCCAAUAUAUCUCCAGUGACAGAGAUUUAUGAUAAAUACGUUGCCAAAAAUCGCUCCAAUUAUAUUCUUGCAAACAAGAAAGUACAGGAGGAUAAAAUAGAAAAUACUGAAGAUAAAAUAUUGCAUAUGCAUACAGAGAAGAAAAAAGAAAUGAAAAUCGGAACUGAUAUUUCUAGCAUAGCAACAGUUGAGCUAGCAUUGAUCAAGAGGGGAAAAAGAGAGAAAGAAGAGGAGAAUUAUAUACCUACUGAGGAAUUGAAUCGAAGAGUGGAGGCUUAUAUUGCAAGAGUGAACAGACAGAGAUUGCUUGAAGCUAAAUCAUUAGUGUGCAGAAGAGCGUGA